AGAACACAUACGAGCUAGCAUUCACUCCAAAUUCGCACUAAUGAGAGAACUGAUCGAUGCCAAGGGCCUCAGUGGCCAGAUUUGCAGAAGAAGGUUCAGUAGCUGACUCGAGCCAUGGUGCCUGACCCCAUUUAUUCAACAACCUGUGGAGAGUUGAUUGAGUGGACAGUGCUUGACGCUAAAGCAUCAACGUUUAGAGGCAAUGCUCCGUAUCAGUUUCACUCACAAUAGAUAUACGUAGCCGAAUGAGCUAGUAGUAGUAGUAGUAGUUAUCAUGGAUUCAGAGGUACCUACCCUUCCUUGAGUACUGUGCCGUAUUGUGGGGCCCGAAUGAGAAGAUAGACCAAUCAGAGAUUGAGAACAAACGUUCCUCCGCAUUGACAAACUGCUUCGAUUUUCUUCCCCGCAGUUGGAAACCCAGAGGAUUCAUCCAACAUAUAGACUACCGGGUUUACUCGGACAAUCUCCGCGUGAAGAAGUAUCGCCGUGUCGGCUUUAUACACAUUCUAAUUCUCGAGCUAAAUCCCGCAUCGUUUGUCUCUCACCCCAUAUUUCCGGAAUCUACUUCCGUGUCCGUUUCGCGCGCAUCUUCACCGGGAAUGGCCCCUCAUCAAAACCCCGCACCUGAUGUAGGGGAUGAAGAGGAGGACGACUACAUGGCUAUGGUGAUUGAGGAGCCGCAACAAAAAGAAACGUUUACUCAGAAAAAACGCCGACAACAGAGAGAGGCCGAAGCUCGAGCUAAAGUCCCAUCCAAAGCCGAACGUGCAGCCCAGGAAGCCGAACGUCGCGAUGCCGCCUUAGCCACCAGUACGCUUAACCCCUCCAACAAGGGAUUUCAAAUGAUGGCCAAACUGGGGUUCAAGCCGGGACAAGCAUUAGGUAAAUCCCAAGGUGAGGGAGUAUCAAACCAAGAACCUGAUAGCACAUCCGGCGCCCGAGCAGAGCCACUCAAUUUGGUGUUCAAGGAGGACCGGGGUGGUAUUGGUCUGGAUAGCGAGAAGAAACGCAAGUUCCGGGAAGAGGCCGAAGAGGCAGUGAAGAAAGUAAAGCAGGAAGAGGGUGAUUACCGCGAUCGUGUCCGUAUUGAACGGGAGACGCGACGUAUGGAAGCUCAGUUUCACGCUGCGCAGAAGGUUGCCGAACGAUUGGAUGCGGAGGCGGACGGGGAGACCACCCAGAAGAAGCGUGGGAACACCCCGACUGAGUAUGAAGAAGGAGAAUCCGAAGAAACGACCAGUGGAUCAAGAACCCCGCAGCCCAAGGUCAGGGUCAAACCGACCCUGCAAAUCAACAUCCUAUAUCGCGGGCUCGUCCGUGAACGGGAGGAGAAAGAACGUUCCAUACAGGCUCGUCAUCUAUUGCAAACGUCCCUGCCAUCGUCAUUUUUCCCCAACCCACGGUUACCAGGGUAUGAUGACCCGACGCUGGAGCGGGAGGAUACAGUGGCGUUCGACAACAAACCCGAUAUCUUAACUAUCCUUGAGCAGGAACUUGACGAAGAAGACCCAGAACUGGACGAGUUUAAUGCACUCGAGCCGAGUGAGCGGCUGGCCCGGAUAGUGCAGUAUCUGCGUGAGACACACCAUUACUGUUUCUGGUGCAAAUAUCGCUAUGAGACCAGAGAAAUGGAGGGGUGUCCAGGUGUGACGGAGGAGGAUCAUGAUUAAUGACUUACUUGUACCAUACGAUUCUUAGAAAACCACAUCCGAUGUUCCUUUACAUGCCUAUAUAUAGAUAGCUAGAAAGAGAA